UAUUUUAGCUCAUUUUAAAUAUUAUUAUUUGUUAACGGAGAUAUAGGAUUUGUAAAGACAGUACAUUCAUAAUUUCAAUGACAACCUUUAAAGCAAAGGUCAUGGUCAAUAUCAGACAUUUAUUUCAGAGAUGACAGUGUUGUCUAGUCAUUUGAUCGCGCGCACUGCAAAGCUGUCAUUACCGAAAAAAUGGAUGCAACAUAUUUCAUUUUGUGCCUGGUGUUCGUGGCGGGUUACAUUCAUUUGUCGUCGUGCGCACCAUACGAAAAUGACAAUGACAGAAAAGGUAUUGAUGCCGUUGAGACACCGCUUGCAGAUAAAAAGCUUAUAUGGCGCGGGGAAAUGGAAGAUAUGGCCGACGAAGGUAAGGAAAACCACGAGCAAGUUGAUAAUAUGUUGGAGAACCAAGACAUAGUUUUGGACAGAAGACCUAAAGCUAGCAUGGAGCCAGCCGCAGACAGCUCGUCAAAGCGAGACUACGCAAAUGUGUCAUUUCUUGUAUAUUUGGACCACACAGUCAGUAUGAGCAACCACAUACUGCGGUUCAAUAACGUAGUUUACAAUUACGGAGGUGGAUAUAACGUACACACUGGGGUGUAUACUGUACCGAUAUCUGGUGCCUAUAUUGUCUCAUUUCAUUUAGAGCUAGGAUCAUAUUCUUACCCAGUCACAUCCAGUCUUUACGUCAACAGCAAAGUCAUGGUGAGCAGCAAACUGAAACCGUAUUAUGGAGUCAAGCAAGCCAGCCAAACAGCUGUUCUUUAUCUAAAAGAAAGGGAGUCCAUGUUCUUGAAGGUAGACAGGGGGAACGUCGGCAGCAGCAGUGGUCGCAGCACUAUUUUCACUGGCGUGCGUUUGCCAUAUAUUUAAGUUAUUGUUUAGAGGUGGCCAGUCUCAUUGGAGAAUCAUUUUGUAGCUUACGAAAAAUCGGUUAAAGAUAAACUAUCAACAUAUUUCUUUUUUCAACAAAAUGUUAUGCUUUUCUGUGUAUUGAUGUCCAUGAUUUGGCCUCUGGAUACAUUUACAAUCGCAGAUACAUUUCAUUACUGUUUCUGACUUUUAUUCUAUCUAUCUAGGAUGUGGAACCAGAUAGAUAAACGGGUGGUAAUAAGAUUAAUGAAACUGUCAUGAAUUUUCUGUUUUUCUUUGCGAUAUUAGUCUAUGAAAGCUGUAAUGAAAUCGUUUCAAUAUAUCUGAACUUCUUUAAUAAUGAAAAUUAUUCUACGCAAAUGUAUGAGAAAUGUUAUCUUGUUUUGGCAACUAAUUUGAUUUUUUAAAUACUUGCUAUUGAUAUACAAAUGUAUAUGACAUUACUCAAAUGGUCGUGGACUUCAAUUAUAUGAGCCGUGCCAUGAGAAAACCAACAUAGUGGGUAUGCGACCAGCAUGGAUCCAGACCAGAUUGCGCAUCCGCGCAGUCUGGUCAGGCUCCAUGCUGUUCGCUUUUAAAGCCUAUUGGAAUUGGAGAAACUAUUAGCGAACAGCAUGGAUCCUGACCAGACUGCGCGGAUGCGCAGGCUGGUCUGGAUCCAUGCUGGUCGCAUACCCACUAUGUUGGUUUUCCCAUGGCGCGGCUCAUAUGUACAGUUUUCAAACAAAUCAACGGCAUCUCCACAUUCAGAUUAACAUUAAAACUAAAAUAGUACGUUUCCAAGAAACACUUUAUCUUAUAGAAACAUUACUUUGAGCACAUUCGAGCAUACAUAGCUAAGUGCAUCCCUAUAUGAAGACAAGUAGUAAUUACGUAUACGUGCUUAUAUAACGCUAUGCUUUUGUGACUAAGCAUAUUUGACACAGUGCACGAAAUUUUGCAACUACGUACAAAGUUUCACUUGUAACAAACCGCAACUAUGACAGUCGAACAUUUAAAGAUGUCUUUCGUCUUGUAGCUCGAAAGUGUGCAGUUAUGUAGUCCUUAAUAAAAAAUAAUAGCCCAUUAUGAUAAUAGUUUUGUUGGUUGUUUUCAAUUUUGUCAUGCAGUCGUUCUUUUGUAUUCAAUUCAAAUCAAAACACACAACGCACUAAAUUGAAAAUCGGUAUCUCGCUUGUCUGGAAGAACGUAUAAAACCCGUCAAGUCCUUUCAAGUGUAAGAAUUAGAAUUCCUUUUCAGGCAAAGCCGACAUACAUCCGACUGUAAUGAAGUAAAUUUGACCAGUUUUUAAGUCAUUUUGCCAAACCGAAAACAUAAAUAUUACACAGUUGCUAAAAUAACUGCAUUUGAAUCUAUUUUUGCAAUUGUUCAAUAUCAAUAAUUCUGGGCCUUAUUUGCAAAAUGAUUUGGAAACUGUUCAAAAUCCUCCCCCUGUUUUACAGUUUUUAAUAUCAAUAUUAGAUUAUCUUGAUAUACAUAUCGCUUAUGUCGUCUCUUUACCGAAAACUAAAUAAAGAUCUUUCAAAUUGU